UGCUUUUCCCGGAGCCUGGCAGGCAGGGAUCGCGCUGUCCCAGGCGGGAGCGGAGCCCCGGGGUGCCCGCGGGCCAUGCAGCGCCGGGCCGCGCCGCCCAGCCCCAGCGCCCGGGGAGGGGCCCGGAGCCGCUGAGACCCCAGCGCUGGAGCCUGGCAUGCGGGGUCCCCCCAGCCCCGGGGCUUAGCGGGGGGCACCGCCAUGCGGGGGGCCCGGGAUGGGGGGCCGGCGCCGUGGCGGGCGCUGUGCCAGGACAGCCGGGACCCCGAGCGCCAGAAGCACUGGGCCGAGCUCUUCGACCAGCUGGACACCAACAAGGACGGGCGGGUGGACAUCAACGAGCUGCGGGAGGGCCUGGCGCGGAUGGGCAUGAAUGCCAGCUCCCAAGCUGAACAGGAGAUCCUGCGCGAGGGCGACACGGACCAGGACGGCGAGCUGGACUUCGAGGAGUUCGUGUCUUACCUGCAGGAGCGAGAGCGCAAACUGCGACUCAUGUUCCACAGCCUGGAUCGCAACAACGAUGGCCAGAUCGACGUGUCCGAGAUCCAGCAGACAUUCCACGGCCUCGGAGUCUACAUCUCUCUGCAGCAGGCAGAGAAAAUCCUCCAAAGCAUGGACAAGGACGGCACCAUGACCGUCGACUGGCACGAGUGGAGAGACCACUUCAUCCUCAACCCGCUGGAGAACAUGGAGGAGGUCGUCCACUACUGGAAGCACUCCACGGUCCUGGACAUUGGCGAGUGCCUUACGGUCCCUGACGAAUUCUCCGAGAAGGAGAAGAGGACGGGGAUGUGGUGGAAGCAGCUGCUCGCGGGCGCCAUGGCUGGGGCCGUCUCCAGAACGGGAACCGCCCCGCUGGACCGGCUUAAAGUUUUCAUGCAGGUUCACGCCUCCAAGACCAACAACAUGAACGUGUUUGGGGGGCUGAAGGGCAUGAUCCAGGAGGGGGGCGUCCGCUCGCUCUGGCGCGGCAACGGCAUCAAUGUGCUGAAGAUCGCACCUGAGUCUGCCAUCAAGUUCAUGGCCUAUGAGCAGAUCAAGCGGGCGAUUCGUGGGCAGCAGGAGACGCUGCGGGUGCAAGAAAGAUUUGUGGCCGGCUCGCUGGCCGGUGCCACUGCUCAGACAAUCAUCUACCCCAUGGAGGUGCUGAAGACCCGGCUGACCCUGCGGAAGACGGGUCAGUACUCGGGGGUGGCCGACUGCGCUAAGAAGAUCCUGCAGAAGGAGGGAAUCCGGGCCUUUUACAAGGGCUACCUGCCCAACGUGCUGGGCAUCAUCCCCUACGCCGGCAUCGACCUGGCUAUCUAUGAGACGCUGAAGAACAUGUGGCUUCAGAAAUACAGCAGGAACACAGCGGACCCCGGCAUCCUGGUGCUCCUGGCCUGCGGGACGAUGUCCAGCACCUGCGGGCAGAUCGCCAGCUACCCCCUCGCCUUGGUGAGGACCCGGAUGCAAGCCCAAGCCUCCAUCGAGGGCGCCCCGCAGCCAACCAUGCUGGGCCUCUUCAAGCACAUCCUGUCGCGGGAGGGGGUGCUGGGCCUGUACCGGGGCAUCGCCCCCAACUUCAUGAAAGUGAUCCCGGCCGUCAGCAUCAGCUACGUCGUCUACGAGAACAUGAAGCAGGUGCUGGGUGUGACGUCCAGAUGAACCCGCCGGGGCCCAGAUGCCCCUGCCCCACCGCUUGCCCCCCGCCCCCUCGCUGCGCUUUGGAGGCUGAUGGAGCAGGAUCGGGGUCGGGGUGGGGGGCGGCUCUGGAUCCAGGAGCGUUAAGAGGGACGCUGAGAGAUCUCAGCUGGACCCCCCCACACAUGC